GGGAAGUGUCAUCAGUAUGUGAUGAGAAAAACCUUUUCUUUUCUUUCUAAAAAAAAGAGAGAGACUGACAAGAGAGAUAUGAGGAGUAUUUGAACAGGAUGCUGCAAAACUUAAGUGGAUUUCUCUUUUAAACUCACUGAUGGUCACACAGAAGAAAACAUGCCUGAAGCUGAUGUCAUUUACACUGAUGUCAAGUUCACAACAGACAGAAGAAGCAGAAGUGCAGAGGCCACAUCCUCAUCUGCUCAGACCACGUACUGCGAAGUCAAGAUCCCACAAAGUGAUCCGACACCACGACCAGAACAGCCCGACUCCCAACAUCCUGCAAAAAGACGAGGGACGCUGCUGACAGUAGAGAGAGUGGCUCUGCUGGUUCUCAGCCUCCUGCUGGUGGCUGCUGUUGCUGCUCUUUUUGUGACGCAUCUAAAAAACACUCAAACCAAGUCAGAGCUUGAAAGGCUCCAAAGCAGUUUCCCUGCUGUGUUGAACAAUUACACAGGCAAAACAUGUCCAACGUGUGAUGAAGGCUGGGAGCAUCAUGGUGGAAAGUGCUACUUUUUCACCUCCACUCCUUUGACCUGGAGCAAGAGCAGAUUAGAAUGCUCGACACUGGGAGGAGACCUGGUUGUGAUAAACAACAAAGAAGAGCAGAAAUUCCUGGUGUCAAGACUGAUGACAAAAAUGAUAGACCCUGAGGACAAGUUCUGGAUUGGACUGACAGACUCAGAGACAGAGGGCAAGUGGACGUGGGUGGAUGGAUUACCACUGAACACCAGGUUCAACCUUUAUGAAAAGAGCUUUUCCAUUCAUUUGCAGCAUCAAAGUUACACUGUUUCUAUUGAUCCAGAUCUGUUUCUUUUCCCUUGUUUUCCUAGUUGGACCUAUUGGCUCGGCGCUAACCCGGACAACUGGAAACAAGAGGAUCCUGAGGGAGAGGACUGUGUGAGGAUGGGGGAGAAAGACGGAGCUCCGGACCUGAAGUGCUGGCUUGACAAAUCCUGCAAAAAUCCUCAAAAAAGUAUUUGUGAGAAACAAAUGGGAUUUUACACUUCAUCCAGCUAAAUCUUUUUAGUGAUGCUAAUUUUCUUAUUUAAAAAAAAAAAACAUUUGAAUUCCUUCUCCAGAAGAAGGACAUGUUAUCUAUCUCUUUGCACAUACUUUUCAAAAGUUCCCUCAUCAAAUUUCCAUAUAGGGUUGCAAAAUUUUCAUGGAAAUAAACAGGAAUCUAUGAGAAUAAACGGGACAUUUUUUGGAAAUUUAAAUUUGGGAACUUAAAUAUAAUUUGUAAAUAAUAUAUUGUUUUUCAUGUUUUUGUUGU